AUGUCCGAAGACCAACGUAUUGUUAGUCAGCCGAUUGAACUGCAUAAGCUGUCCAUUGUUGAUAAACAUUCACAGGAUCAGAAACAGCAGCACGAGCAGCCAGUGCAUUCAGGAUUACAAUCACCAAGGGCCACCACACCUCUAAAACCUAAAAGACUUGCUAUACCCAUAUCAAGCCCACAAAGAAGUUCUUUCCAAAAUAGUUUCGUAAACCAGUCGCCUGUUAGUGACAACACUAGCCCAGUUUCCGCCGAUCAAGAUUUAAUUUAUAAACUGGCUGCAAAACAAAGAGAAAUUAAUGAAUUAAAUUUCAAGCUACAAGCUGCUCAGAAAGAAUUAAAGCAAUUAGAGUUGAAGUUCAAAAACACACUACCCCAAAACGAACAACAAAAAUUCAACAGUCAGAAUACGAACGAAUACCUUUCCACAUUUUCUAGAAAGAUUCAACAAACUUUGGUCGAUGUCRAUAAUUCACCAAAUGUGCUCAAGAGCAAAAGGAGUAUAAACGAUUUCUUCAACAAGACCAAUCGCACCGCAAACGAUAAUGCAAACAAUACUAUGCCCACCCGUAGGCCGAAUCGUUCACCGAAUCGUUCACCGAAUCGUACCCAACAGCGUGUACAAGAUACGGGUCCUAAUCUUACUCCAAAUGCAAAUGCAACACCUCCUCCAUUACCGUCAAGAAAUACAAAGGGAAAUUUAAACACAACCGCUCCUGUUGAUGAUGAUACACCAUUUUUUCAAAGAAUAAUUAACAAAUUUAGUCAAAUGAAUACGGAAGAAGAAGAAUUUGACGAUUUCAUGGAAAAGGGGAAAAGUAAAAAAGAUAAUUAUUAUAUUAAGGAAAAUUUGGGCUAUGAGUAUGAUGAAGUGCGCAGUGACGAUGACGAUGAAGAAUUCGAGCCUAUGGGUGACAUACCCAUUCAUUUAUUUAAAAGGUAG